UGUUGUAUCCUAUGCUACCGAACAGAUACGUUACGCUACUAACUAGCUACACACUAGCAUUAAAGCCACGAAAAGAUGCGCCUUCACGGGAUUAAAACAAUAAAACAAACAACAAGAAGUCUGGAAAAACUUUACCCAACUGUGCCCAAACUUUGAUAGACCACCACCCCAAAUCACUUCCCGUCAGUUUCGAGUGUGUUAGCAUUGUUUUAUCUCACCACUAUUGCCGUUGGACGCUUUUUUUUUUUCUUCUGGAGCAGUCCAGUCUGAUGAAUUCACCGAAAAAAGACGGAGAUGAUGAUGUGCCCGUUAAAGACCCGGUAAAAUACGGCGAGUUGGUCAUUUUGGGGUACAAUGGCUCUCUUCCAAGCGGAGACCGUGGGCGCAGAAAGAGCCGCUUCGCUCUGUACCGAAGGGCCAAGGCCAACGGUGUCAAACCCAGCGCUGUGCACAUCCUCAACACGCCACAGGACAGCAAGGCUGUCCACAGCAGGGGGCAGCACAGCAUCUCUUUCACUCUGUCCCGUAACCAGACGGUGGUGGUGGAGUACUGCCAUGACAACAACACAGACAUGUUCCAGAUCGGACGCUCCACAGAAAGUCCCAUUGACUUUGUGGUGACAGACACCUCCGGAGGCGGGAAGGAGGGAGAGGACCCCUCCAUCGCUCCCAGCACCAUCUCUCGUUUCGCCUGCAGAGUGGUGUGUGAACGCAACCCACCUUACACUGCACGCAUCUACGCCGCUGGCUUCGACUCCUCCAAAAAUAUCUUCUUAGGGGAAAAAGCAACCAAAUGGAAAAACCCUGACGGGCACAUGGACGGCUUGACCACCAACGGGGUGCUAGUGAUGCACCCAGAGGGGUUCCCAGAGGACCCCAAGCAGGGUCUGUGGAGGGAGAUCUCUGUCUGUGGGGAUGUCUACGCCCUGCGAGAGACACGCUCUGGACCCAGCAGGGGCAAACUGGCGGAGGGUGAGAGCAGUGCACUACGUGACGGUUCCCUGGUUGACCUGUGUGGUGCCACCCUGCUGUGGCGUACAGGCGAGGGGCUCAUGCGUGCUCCCACUCUGCGUCACCUGGAAGCACUUCGCCAGGAGCUCAAUGCGUCCCGGCCCCAGUGUCCCGUAGGCCUCAGCACACUGGCCUUCCCCAGCUUGCCACGCAGCCACAGGUGGGAGCCACACCUUGAAGAACGUCAGCCCUGGGUCUACCUCGCUUGCGGCCACGUCCACGGACGCCACGACUGGGGCCAGAGAUCUGAGGGAGUGGAGAUGCCAGGAGAAGGCGAGGGUUCCACGACCCGCCGAGAAUGUCCCCUGUGCAGGAGCGUGGGUCCCUACGUGCCCCUGUGGCUGGGCUGCGAGCCUGCUGUGUACGUGGACGCUGGAGCCCCCACUCACGCUUUUGUGCCGUGCGGCCACGUCUGCUCGGAGAGGACAGCCAGGUACUGGGCUGAGACCCCGCUUCCACACGGGACGCAUGCCUUCAGACCCGUCUGCCCCUUCUGCUCGUCUGCCCUCAGCACCCCCGGCUGGACGCGGCUCAUCUUCCAGGGCCCCAUCGACUAGUUGCCACUCCUCAGCAACCACUAUUACAGUAACAGGAAGAUGCCUGAGCUUCAUUUGUGGUGCAAACGUUGGUCAGUGCUCAGUGUGGAUGGGUAACAUCUUGAGUGUAAGGCUGCAUUCACAACAUAUCAGGCAUUGCGAUGGUCAGCUGCAGAGUUGGGCAGCAGUGUGGAUAUGUCACUUAAAUUUGUGGGGCAGUCUCAAUCUCACCGGCUGAGUAUUCGUCUUUAGUAGAAUUCCCUUUCGAUUAUCAUCGCUGUAGUAUCUUUACCGCCACAAAAGGCUUGAUGAUCACGAGAAUUAGGUAGGGAAGAAGAGGAUAUAUUGAUAUUGGUAUUGGUAAUCGGGCAAAUGAGUUGUUGCUUAUCUGCCUAAAAUCCAAUAUUGUGCAUCCCUAGAGUGAGCACAGAAUAUUUGGUCUCUCUGGCAAGAACUCUAAAACUACUAAAACUCUUUGUUCACUCGAUGGAAAAAAAUCAAAAUGGCAGAUUUUACAAAACACACGACCCUUCCCUUAAAAACUUUACGGAAGAAACACAAAUUCUGCUUUCCAGAAUGUCCAGAGUAUUUCUCUCUGCAAGUCCUCUCCUUUGCCCCCUCCGUCACUCACACACUGAUGAGGAUUAGGUGCGAGCAGCUCUGAUUCGUGUCACGUGCAUGCCAGAAAACAUUUGGUGCAGCUGUAUUGUUGCUCUACAGUGCCAGAAGCAGGUUGUGGUAAUGAAAAGGAAAAAUAGGUGUGAAAAUUUGUCAUAAAGCAGGAGGAAUUCUGGAGAAUUGUGACCCGGGGAUAUCAGGAGAGGGCGAUGGCAAACACGAGUCUCCCGUGAAAAUCAGUUCGUUUGGCAAGUAUGACAGAACACACAAGCUUUCUCCUUUCUUUCACUCACUAUAAUAUCUAACAAUAGAAAGAGACUGUAUCGCAGGUAAUGUGAUUGGCGAGAUAUUGGGUUGCGUUUCUCCAAAAGAUGAUUGCUGUUUUCAUAUCCUGCAGCCCCACUGCUGCAGCUGGACGCACUACCCACAUUUAAAAGACUGGGGCGGGUGGCGAUUUUGCCACAAGCCUGAUUUGGUGUGAAUGUAGCCUUAAAUAAACACUGUCUGACGUUGUUCCUGAAUGCAGGCUGAAAAAUCCUUCCCCUUGUUUAUCCUUGUGCUUGUUGAGAGGUAUGAGAUCUGGAGAACAGGUGAGAAAAUCAUGACAGAAUGAUCUCUACUGUCGCUGUGCAGUCCUCCAUCAGGGAAGAGUCUGCUGUUUUUCAUUCCAACCAGACACUACACAUUCACCAAUUACCAAAUCUUCAUUAAGAGGGUUCUUAUAAAUAAAACUGUGUAUACACAGGAGGUUAAAUGAUGCUGCUUCCCCCUUUUCAAACAAUCAUUUUCACUCCAUUAUUGAUCCAAACACUUUCGUCUAUCAGAAGCCAUGUAUGAAAUGACACGUAGCUUUUUGCACAUAAGAGAGGAAUGGCCUUUUUACUCAGUUCAUCUGCAGCGUCGGUGUACGUCUGCAGCGCCUGUGUGUCCUUAACUCGGUGAAACAAACACCACCUCUUGCACUUCUCGGCCUGAUAUCCGACCACCUCUUAAUUUCUAAAAGACAUUAUUUGUAAUCGUUGUGAAAUCAUCAAACAGUACAACCCAUCAGGUGUCAGCUGCUGCAGCUUCUUGUUCCCUUUAUAGAUUUGCAUGUCUUCCUUCCUGACCAGCUGAUUUAUAUUUAUAUUCUCAGCAGGCCACAUUCAUAGUUAACGUGGGAGGUUACAAGAUGAGAUCAGAGGCUUGUGCUUCUGUUGAGUGUUUCAAGUUACUGUUGAUUCACAAAGGGAAACUUAUUAUCAGUUCUUAAAUGAGUAUAUGCAGUUUUCAUCUUUUGUCUUCGUACAUCUUUUUAGCAUGUAAUCUAUGCAGCAUAGAGACCCCACAAAUAAGACCCCUCGUGUAGUAUAAGGUUGGAAUGAAAACCUGCAGACUCUGAUUAUCUCUGAAGCACUACACGCUUUGUGAUGGCGCCACAAAGAAUUCACCUCUUAAGGCCAGAUCUUAUCCCGAUUAUCAAGCAGAGCGAGGAUAAGCACGGGCCGGGAGUGAAACUGGGUAAAAUCCACUUCAUAACUCUCUACAGCAAUAACAGCACUCCCAUAGAUAAGCUAGAUGUUGUGCUAUGUUUAGCCAAGUGUUAGGUCGGCGGUCGCUUUUAAACAUGGCUGAAAUGGUUUCCAGGUUAAGGGCUCAACCAGAGGUGUGUUCAACGUAAUGAUUUAUUUUUAUUUCCAAAUGUGUGUGUGAUAUAACCAAAGCACUACAAUUUAAAGAUGAGCAACUGAAUCAGCGAUUAAAGGAAUCCUUCACCCCUCAAAUGGCAAUUUGUAUAUCAGUUACUCAUCCCGUGUUGCGGUGAGUUUGUGAAGAAAACCUUUGUGUGCAUGCGUCCUGUGAAUGAAGAAUCCUAAAAUAUAGAAAUUUCUGCACGUAAACUAUAUCAAAACAUCUGUUUACAAAGUCUCACACAGCUUAUGCAGUAUAAUCCAAACCUUGUCUAUCCAGUUGUAUGAUCAGCACUUCUCAAACACAUGCAAUUUCACUAACAUGUUACUAUUUAAAAUGAACUGAAAGUAAAACGUAUCUAUGCUCUCUUAAAACCAGACUCCAUUGACAAAAACAGUCAUUUUACAUCACUGAACGCAGGAGCAGCUGGUCUACCGCUGUCUCGAUCAGUUAGUUUGUUUGUGUUAUUGUGUGACUUUGGUGUUUUAAAGGGUUGGUUCAGAUUCAGCAAAGUCACACAAAAACACAAACAAGCUUCCAAAUGAGGCAGCAAUAGACCAGCAGCUCCUGUGUUCAGUGAGGUAAAAUUACUGUUUUUGUCAGUGGAGUCUGGCUUGGAAAAUUUCGCUUUACAUUCAGUUGCCCAUGGGAAAGGGCCAUCUGUUUGGGAAGUACCGAGCAUACGACUGGAUAAAUGAGACUUGGGUAAUACUACACAAGGGAUGUUUUGAUAUAGUUUGGCUGUGGUUCAACGUGGCCCCCUAUUACUUCAAUUCAACGGCUUUAAUUCGUCAAUAAUUUUCCUAUUUUUGGAUUCUUCGUUUGCCGUAGGGAAGCCAGAAAAACUAAAUUGUCUUCACAAAUUUACCUGAACACGGGGUGAGUGAUUCAUGUACAAAUUAUCAUUUGGGAGAUGAAUUAUCCCCUUAAACCUGCCAUUUAUUUAAAUUUAUUUUAAAGGUGUUAAAAGCCGAAACAUGCUGACAGAAAUUAGCGUGUUCAGACUGCAGGAGAACACAGCAGCUGUUGUGUUAGUUUGAACACACCUCUGGUUACUGAAUUAAGCUAAACAGGGUCCAUGUUAGUGUGGUGGAGUGUGAAAAAGGUUUGACCUUGCAUAACCUCAAAAGAUAACCUUUUUUUUUGUUGUUUCAAAGAAAACUAUUUUGUAAGGAAAUGGGGUGGGAUUUAUUCGGGGAAACGGGAGGAAUUCUUUUAGAUGUUCAGUGUUAAAAAAAACAACAACUAUUUUUCUAACUGAUAAUUGGUUUUAGUUAACUGAUGUUACUCAGUGUAAGCAAGUUAUGUAUGUUUCCGAAUAUUAUCGUGUGGUAGAUCUAGGAGAGCUUGUGAGUGAGAAAACAUUGCCAACACUGUGUCCAACAAACACACACUUAACACACUGCUACCGUUAAAAAAAAAAACCAUUGCCCAGACAAUGAAUGUAGCCAAAUACUCGGGCUAUAUUUAGCCUUCCCUGGUGCUCAUAUUGAAUGGUCUAUAUUGUGAUACUAUUUUUGUAACUGAAUAUUAUGGUGUAGCUUGGUGAACUAGCUCGAAAAAGUCAGAAUAAUUUCAAUAAUAGCCUCAAGUGUGGAAGACGUAUAAUUGAUAAUACACACUCACAUGGAAAUUGUGUCUAGCUUGCAUGUGCUGAACGUACACAUACAGUAUGUACACUACACGUACACUUACUCGAAACUUUGCACGGUUGAUUGCCAACCUGUUAUUCAUGCUGAGAGCGUUUGUCGCAGACCAAGAUGUCUUCCGAGUCCUCAGUUGGUAAAACUGCAGCAUUUAUGUUUUUUUUGUUUUGUUAUAUUUUGGAAGACCUCUCCAAAAGAAGAAAGAAAAGAAAAAAGAGGGAGAGCCUAAAAAAAAAAUCCUCAUACUUGAUAGAUGCGUGACGUUUGUGAAUGAGACCUAUUGAAUCCCACUUUGUACUACUAUGCUAAUAACUUCCACCAAACCAACUCACUGCAGAAAGAUGUCCACAUCCACACUUGUUUUCAUUUUGUAUUCAGACUAAUCACGGUGCAUUUCAGGCGAUUGAAAGCCAGCCUGCUGUUUUCAAAAUGCCUUGUGAAGUCUAAAUACAAGAUUUAAACUCCCUAUAGUGCGGCGGAUAAUUGACGUAGUGUUGAUAAUUACUGUAGCUCAGGAUUAGUGAUUUCAGAUUCGCAGCUGGAGAGGCCUGAAGGAAGCCUGCUAGAAGACACUUUGAGUCAAAAUGUUUCACAGCUGCAAAACUCACCAGCUCGAUGUGAGAGUAACCAUCUAAUACAAAUGCCAAAUUGUAGAGGGCACUCUGUCAGGUAGAUCGCCACAGGUCUAGGAUCAGUCACAUACGGGUCUUAAAGGAAUACUUCACCCACAAAGUUGUCAUUUGUAUAUCAGUUUUUCACCUCAUGUUACACUGAAUUCACAAAGACAGCUUUGUUUUUCUCGUAUGCCUCCACGGAACAAAGAAUCCAAAAAUGGAGAAAAGUCUUGAUGAACCAGAGUGAAUGGGGGCCGCGUUUAACAACAGUAGUAUGUCCCAACUGUACACAUAUUCCAUGUAAUACCAGGUUCACACUAUACGAGAUCAGCCCGUCUAUAGCCUGACGCAGCGUUGUACAAUGUCAGCUCGGAUUGUGAAUGACGUGUCGUACGCGAUAAUCCAUCGUUUUAUCUCAUGUAGUGCGUCAUAGUAGACAACAAACAACGUCACAUCUGGGACACUUCAUGACGUCCCGGCAGAAAGUCUAGCAUGUUUGAUUUUCUUUUUGUCGUUCACAACUUCUCCCGUCACAGCCAUCACUUUGACCAAUGGGAACACAGAGCGAUCUGCUGCCGACACCUGUAUGACAACAACACCACGGCCUUUUAGAUAUUUCCUCUUGGGAUGUUACCACAACAGAAUAAAAAGGGAAAAUUUAUGGUGUGAAACAGCAGAGGCACUUUAUCAACCCGCUGAGUACUGCCAUUAGCAUCAAGCUAGCAAACAAUGUUCUUUCUUUAUAAUGGAGACGGACAUAAAGUAGGAAAAUUAGCUACCAGCUUCAUUUGAAACAGACUACAUUAUAGACGGGCUGUUAUUUAUCAUUCCCUCUGUGUUCCUAUAUUUCUACUUUAAAUGUGCUCCUGUUUGCCUUGAUAAAGUUAAUGCAUGGCGCCGUCGUUUCAAACUCAACACUUCCUGUAUCGGUUUCAAAUGAAAAGCCCCUUAUAACUUCAGUUAAGAGAAUCCCCUCACUUUCCAAACAGGCUUUAAUCAGGCUUAUUUUUAGGAACUUCCUGUGGAGGAUUCAGUGACUUGCAGAGUUUGCAAGUCACUGAGAGAUUGCAGAGAUUUUUAUGUUACUACAAUAACAUUUCAGCUCAGACACAAACAGACACAGUGACUGAAAUAAUAGUGAAAGACAGCCAGUGAUUGGUUGUGGACCAACGUGUAGUCUGUCAUGUCUGUUUGCCAAGUCAAGGCACAAUUUUUGACCUCACAAUCGCCUAAUCUGACAUAGUGACUGUCAGAACGGACAAAAAUGUCGUGCAUUGUGAACCCAGCAUAACAGAACAUACUUUGUAAGGGCAGCUGUACUAUGCUAAGUCUGCAAUGCGGAACGCAGGGUAGAAUUAUACUGUGCAAGUUAUGUGAGUUUUUGUAAAUGGAUGUUUUGAUAUAGUUUUGCUGUUGUUAAACGCGGCCCCCCUUUACCCCAGUUCAUCAAGACUUCUCUCCAUGUUCGGAUUCUUCGUUCACCGUGGAGACAGGAGUGAGAAAAACACAGUUUUCUUAGCAAAAUCAACUUCACACGGGAUGAGAAACUGAAAUACAAAGGAUUAGUUUGUAAGUCAAGUGUUUCUUUGAAGCUACAGUUGGUAACUUUUAUAAAGAGUUCUUUUUUCAUCUAUGCUGACACUGUCACUACAGGCACACAGCCCGAAAUGAGACACAUAAUGAGAGAGUUUGUGACUCAGCAGCCCUGUUGGAUACAGUUAAACAGGAAUACCAAGCGCCACCAUCAACAUUCUCAUUUUACAGCUAAACAGUACACUAAAAUAUGUUUCUGGCAACAUUUGAGGUGAGAAACAGGCAAUGCAGUAACAGAAUCUUGAGUCAUAUUUUAUCAGCCCUCCAACACAACUGCAUUAGAGACUCCUCGACUGAUUGGUUGUCGCUGACUGUGCCGCGGUCUGACUUUAAACGAAUGCCGCUAGAGGCAGUGGGAGAGGAAGAGAACGGGACUUUUGUCUUGGCUUCUGUCUCGUGUAUGUCUGUGAGAAUAUAGUGACAGUUUCAGCAAAUAUGACAAACAUUACUUCCAUAUAAGUGACCAAGUGUAGCUUUAAUAAAAGGGGUCAAGGCAACAAACAGGCUUUGAAAUCAAAUCGAUCAGCUGCCCUUUACUCAGCACGCCAAAUCCAGUGAAUCCUGCUUUUGAAGAUGAUAUAUACAAACAAAUUAAUAUAACAUCAUUGGCAUGUGGAUGGAAGAACCGUUGCAGCACCCUCAUUGGCUUCUAGUUUAUAACCUGAUAUAUUUAUUUUUAGUUACUUUUCCUUCGUUUUAUUCUUGGUUUCAACCCUCUGUGGGUUCUAGGUGUUCAUAUGCAAUUUCCUCUCUCUUGUUUUUAGAUUUUAAUACCUGUGAAUUUUUCAGAAACAGUAUUUUAGGUUGUUUGAUACCACCAGUAACAUCAUUAGCAGCUCCCUAACUUUUUUUUUACUAUAUGUUUUAAUUGACCUUCACUCCAGAUGGCAAAACCUCAACCUCCUCAACUUAUGAGCUCAUCUUCCUGCAGGUGAGUGAGUAGCUGACAUGUAUUAUACAGCGUAAAAACCUCACAGUUAAUAAUGCAUUCCUUUUAAUACAUCGGUGUUAUGUACAGCUAUUUUGUAUUAUUUUAUAUCAUAUUCUUCUGUAAUCGUCCGGUGCACAGACAAUCGCUAUACACAUGUCAAUAAAGCUGUUAAAAAGCU